GGAAAAGCGAACACUCGCUGCACAGACAAACAGCAAGCAUAGAUGGUGGACGCAUGGUGGAUUUCCUGUCAUGGUGGACGCCUGUGAAGAUGAGCAGACAGCGCUGCUGAAGAAGUAUGUGUUGUCGCGAAAAGAUGAGCUCGAGAAGCUGGCAGAUGCUGAGGACAGUGCGGCUGGCCCACUCUCAGUCUCUCCCUUUGUGCCAUGUGCUCCUGGGCGAAUCCCUUAUAUCCUCCAAGCUGCACGUCUUGGACCUCAGGAGCGGAACCAGAAUGCGAAACUCGCCGGCGGCCCUUGGUGGCACUUCCUUCACUGCGGACGUUAAGCAAAUCCACCUAGAUGUGCUUUGGGACCUUGGCUGCGGCGAUGGCAUAGUCCUUGUUGAGGCUGCUCGUCGUUGCGGCUGCCGUUGCGUUGGCCUUGACAUUGAUGGCCCGUGUAUUGAUGCUGCUCGCUCACGUGCGCGAGACGCUGGUGUUGAUAAGCUUUGUAGCUGGCUGCGCUGUGAUAUGCUGAGGCUACCGCAGGGCACUCUGGCAGGAGUAGCUCAAGGUCUCGAUGAGCUUCCUGCCGCAACCGUUGCGCUGGCCUUCUUGACGGCUCACGGCCUGGUUCGCUUGGCCAGAUGGCUUCACCAGGAAUGGCAGCUGGGAGUCUCGCGCCAGCUACGAGUGGUCACCUGUGUCGAGUCUUUGGACUCGGCGGUGGACUUCACUGAACCUGAUGCUUUGUUCGCAAGUACCAACGAACUUUGCUGGCCCGUUUGUCGCGACUUGGAACGCUGGGGUGUCUUUGUGGUUCCUCCAUUCGGCAAGGAUGUGAGUUCCUGGAGUGCAGCCGCGUGGCCUUUGCGCAUGACACGCGCUGAAGUGGAGGCCACCCAAGCAGCCGUGCUGAGCUUUGUCCUCAACGAGGCGGAAGUCGAAUGCUUGGAGAAGAUUGGAGCUACACUCCUGAAGAAUGACGAACAGGAUGACGAAGGAGUUGACCUCUUCUCCACGUCGGAGGCCGGCUUUCACAAGGCAGCCGAAGCGGCACUGCACCGACUUGGCCAGCAUCGAGUGCUCUACCUUCAUUCCACUGAGGUGAGGAACCGUUUGGGUCAGAAGGACCGGUGCUUCCUGGAAGAACUGGAAGCCAAAGUGCUGGCGUUGAUGAGGUCAGAGGAUUCUCAGCGUUGGGGACUCCUCUCAAGCCGUUCUGUUCAACUAAGAAGCAUGGAGUAUCAUGCCUACAGUGAUGGUGGUUCAGUCAUGGACCCUGAGCAUCGGGAUGAUGGCUCUUUGGUCACCAUUUCAGUGCUUCUCUCAAGGCUGGAAGACUUUCAAGGCGGUGUCUUCAGCACCGAAAAAGAGCACUUCAUGCAACGAGGUGGUGGAGUCUUGUUUCUCUCCGAGAAGCGACACAAUGUCAGUGCUGUCAAAGGUGAACGUCAUACGCUAGUCUUGGAGCUUUGGGAUGGGCCACGGAAUGAGCACAGCCGGCACGACUGAGACUCUGUUUCACCAAAAAACAGGUGCUGGUUAUGCUACUUGCCGUGAGACUUUUCAGCUUUGUGCUUACACGGCCUUUUUGGAAUGUUGGUUUCUUUUCUUGAGACUAUGGACUUGAAUUCUUGAUAUGCGUGCCGUAUGUGCAUGCCUGGAGAGAGGACUUAUGAGGAAGAAGCAAAGCAGCG